AGUCCUCCCGCGGGCUCCUACGUCCUCCCGCGGGCUCCCACGUCCUCCCGCGGGCUCCCACCGCCCUCUGCGACCCGCCGCACGCCCAUGUCUCCCCAGGGAAGAGUCUCGAGAGCUCUGCUGGCACCCUCGGGCGCUCACCUACACCAGGGGACUUCCGCUGUCCUACUUCCCUAUGGCCUGGGUCUUUCAGCGGAAGUUUAGGGGACUGUGGACGCCUGGGACACGGAGGGACACGCCCCCCACCCCUGAGGCAGGUUUCUAAGAGGAGAUGACAUUAUCUUCUUCAUGUUAGUUUGGAUCCUUGGAAAAACAGAGAAGUUCUUCUACUUUGGCCAGAAUGGAGCAGCCAAAGAGGGUUGAUUGGACAGUCAUCAUCCUGACAUGCCAGUACAAGGACAGUGUGCAGGUCUUCCAGAGAGAGCUGGAAGUGAGGCAGAAGCGGGAGCAGAUCCCCACUGGGACACUGUUACUGGCUGUGGAGGACCCUGAGACACGCGUGGGCAGUGGAGGAGCUACCCUCAAUGCGCUGCUGGUGGCUGCUGAGCACCUGAGUGCCCGUGCAGGCUUUACUGUGGUCACAUCUGAUGUCCUGCAUUCAUCCUGGAUCCUCAUCCUGCACAUGGGUCGAGACUUUCCCUUUGAUGACUGUGGCCGGGCCUUUACCUGCCUCCCUGUGGAGAACCCCCAGGCCCCUGUGGAGGCCUUGGUCUGCAACCUGGACUGCUUGCUGGAUAUCAUGACCCACCGGCUGGGGCCAGGCUGUCCCCCAGGUGUGUGGGUCUGCAGCACUGACAUGUUGCUGUCUGUUCCUUCAAACCCUGGGAUCAGCUGGGACGGUUUUCGGGGAGCCAGAGUGAUCGCCCUUCCUGGGAGCCCAGCUUAUGCUCUGAAUCAUGGUGUCUACUUCACUGACUCCCAGGGCUUCGUUUUGGACAUUUACUACCAGGGCACUGAUGCAGAGAUACGGCGGUGUAUCCAGCCUGAUGGGCAUGUGCCACUGGUCUCUGGGGUUGUCUUCUUCUCUGUGGAGACUGCUGAACACCUCUUGGCCACCCAUGUGAGCCCACCUCUAGAUGCCUGCACCUAUAUGGGCUUGGACUCUGGAGCCCGGCCUGUUCAGUUGUCCCUGUUUUUCGACAUCCUGUUCUGCAUGGCUCGAAACGUGAAGAGGGAGGACUUCUUGGCUGGGAGGCCCCCAGAAAUGGGGCAGGGUGACAUGGAGAUAGCAGGUUACCUGCAAGGUGCCCGGGCUCAACUGUGGAGGGAGCUGCGUGGCCAGCCUCUCACCAUGGUGUAUAUCCCUGACGGCAGUUAUAGCUACAUGACCACCUCAGCCAGUGAAUUCCUGCACAUAUUCACACUGCCUGGGGUCUCUGGGCCCCAGAUCAUUCACUCCCAGGUGGAGGAACUACAGCUCCUGGGGGCCAGGAGCUCUGUGGUCAGCUGCCUGCUGGAGGGUGCCAUUCACUUGGGGCCUGGGAGUGUCUUGCAGCACUGCCACUUGCGGGGACCCAUUCACAUUGGUGCUGGCUGCUUUGUGAGUGGCUUGGAUGUAGCACAGUCCAAGGCACUGCAUGGCCUGGAGCUGCGUGACCUUGUCCUGCAGGGACACCAUGUGCGGCUCCCUGGCUCCCUAGGCUGUGCCUUCACCCUGAUUGGCCGCCUGGACAGCUGGGAAAGACAGGGGGAAGGCACAUAUCUCAACAUGUCCUGGAAUGAAUUCUUCAAGAAGACAGGCAUUCGAGAUUGGGACCUGUGGGACCCAGACACACCCCCUGCAGAGCGUUGUCUUCUCAGUGCCCGCCUUUUUCCUGUGCUCCAUCCUUUGAGGGCUCUGGGGCCCUGGGACAUGCUAUGGAUGCUGGAUCCCCCAGAGGAUGGGGGUGAAGCCCUGAGGGCCUGGCGAGCCUCUUGGCGCCUGUCCUGGGAGCAGUUGCAGCCGCACCUGGACCGGGCAGCCACACUGGCCUCCCGCCGGGACCUGUUCUUCCGCCAGGCUCUGCAUAAGGCACAGCAUGUGCUGGAGACCCGGCAGGACCUCAGCCUGUGCCCGUUAAUCCGGGCUGCUGUCCACGAGGGCUGUUCUGGGCUACUGCUGGCCACACUGGACCAGGUUGCAGCGAGGGCAGGAGAUCCUGGUGUGGUAGCACGUGCUCUGGCCUGUGUGGCGGAUGUACUGAGCUGCAUGGCAGAGGGUCAGGGAGGCUUACGGAGUGGGCCAGCUGCGAAUCCUGAAUGGAUGCGGCCCUUCUCAUACCUGGAGUGCGGAGACCUGGCAGCGGGUGUGGAGGCACUUGCCCAGGAGAGGGACAAAUGGCUGAGCAGGCCAGCCUUAUUGGUGCGAGCUGCCCGCCACUAUGAGGGGGCUGGGCAGAUCCUGAUCCGCCAGGCUGUGAUGACAGCCCAGCACUUUGUCUCCAUGGAGCCAGUGGAGCUGCCAGCACUUGGGCAGUGGGUGAUAGCUGAGUGUCCAGCCCGUGUGGAUUUCUCUGGGGGCUGGAGUGACACACCACCGCUUGCCUAUGAGCAUGGUGGGGCAGUGCUGGGCCUGGCUGUGCGAGUAGAUGGCCGCCGGCCUAUUGGGGCCAGGGCACGUCGCAUCCUAGAACCUGAGUUGUGGCUGGCCGUGGGGCCUCGGCAGGAUCAGAUGGCUGUGAAGAUAGUGUGCCGGAGCCUGGACGACCUGAAGGAUUACUCCCAGCCCCAUGCCCCAGGGGCCCUCCUGAAGGCAGCCUUUAUCUGUGCGGGGAUUGUGCACGUCCACUCUGAGCGCCCACUGCGUGAACAACUGCUGCAUACCUUUGGGGGUGGCUUUGAGCUGCACACCUGGUCUGAGCUGCCCCAUGGUUCCGGCCUUGGUACCAGCAGCAUCCUGGCAGGUGCUGCCUUGGCUGCCUUGCAACGGGCUGCAGGCCGGGUGGUGGGCAUGGAGGCCCUGAUACAUGCAGUUCUACACCUGGAGCAGGUGCUCACCACAGGAGGUGGCUGGCAGGACCAGGUGGGUGGCCUAAUGCCUGGCAUCAAGAUGGGGCACUCCCGGGCCCAGCUGCCACUGAAGGUGGAGGUCGAAGAGAUAACUGUGCCUGAGGGCUUUGUCCAGAAGCUCAAUGACCACCUGCUCCUGGUGUACACUGGCAAAACCCGCCUGGCACGGAAUCUACUGCAGGAUGUGCUGAGGAGUUGGUAUGCCCGGCUGCCUGCUGUGGUACAGAACGCCCACAGUCUGGUGCAGCAGACCAAGGAGUGCGCAGAAGCCUUCCGCCAAGGAAGCCUGCCUCUACUGGGACAGUACCUGACCUCAUACUGGGAACAGAAGAAGCUCAUGGCUCCAGGCUGUGAGCCCCUGGCUGUGCGGCGAAUGAUGGAUGUCCUGGCUCCCCAUGUACAUGGCCAGAGCCUGGCAGGGGCAGGUGGUGGGGGCUUUCUCUAUCUGUUGACCAAGGAGCCACGGCAGAAGGAGGCUUUGGAAGCUGUGUUGGCCAAGACUGAGGGCCUUGGCAACUACAGCGUCCACCUGGUGGAAGUGGAUACUCAGGGCUUGAGCCUGCAACUUCUAAGGAAUGAGGCCUCCUCCUGAUGCUUUGCAAUGAAGCUGGGCAACACCUGGAGCUGUCUUUCCUUUUCCUCUUUCCCCUGUGGGAGAUCUCAGCCUGCUAUGCCCCAUUUAUUUCUUUGAAUCUGCUUCCAAAGGAAGCAAGACUUGGGCAAGUGAGGCAAUGCUUAGGGACAGACUGUACAUCCUGGCUGACAGUAGCUGAGGCUUGGCUUCUGCUCCAUCUGAACUCAGGAAUGUUCUAAGCUGUGUCCUAUGUGGCCUUUACAAAUUCUGUAUCCCAGUGUAGGCCUUGGCUUUUUCUCCACUAGGACCCUGGAGGAAGGGAAUGACAACCAGCCACACCAGGUGGCUAAGGAAUCCUUUGGUGAGGCCAACCCUGGAGAGGCCCUUUGAGUCAUUUCCUGUGGCCUGUUUUAGUGUUGGAGACAUGCGUAACCCUCAUUCCUCAGCUCUUCUGGGGGAGUGGGUUGAGGGUGGGGCUCCAUGGGGGUCCUGCAGCAAUUUUCUACCCACCCAGGCCUUAACCAGAAACACUACAGACAGUGCUAAAGGACCCAGUGCCUGUGGGCAAUGGCUUCUCAAGAAGGACAUCUUGGAAUAAAUUCACUUUGCCCUUCA